AUGAGUUCGAGCGUCGCUGAAGCAGAUCACAUGGAGAAGGAAGAGUCGCUGAGACUGGCGAUCGCUGUUUCUCUUCUACGAGCGAAGAUCCAGAACCGUGAAUCUUCUUCUUCUAAUCCCCGUUGUGAUGCUCCCUCUGCAACUGAUGCUCUUCGCUGGAAGCAGAAGGCUAAAGAGAGGAAGAAAGAGAUUAUCAAACUCCGGGAAGAUCUCAAGGAUGCUGAAAGUGCUUCGCAUUGUGAUUUAUUCCCAGCGAAUGCUUCUUGCAAGUGUUAUUUCUUUGAUAACUUGGGGGAAUUCAGCGGGAGGCGGAUUGGAGAGGCCUCUGAACCGAGAUUUAACGAUGUCCUUCGUCGAAGAUUUCUAAGACUAGCAAGGACAAGGGGCAGAAGGAAGUCAACUAGGUCAUCUCAAAGAUUGCCGCUCUCAGAACCAGGAGAUGAAGAGGAAGCAGAGCAUCUAAGGAUAUCUAUUAAUUUUCUCCUGGAACUGUCCGAAGCGGACUCCAAUGCUUGUAAUUUCAGCAGUUGGUCACAUCAGGCCGUGGACUUCAUAUUAGCUAUACUGAAGAAGCUGAUAUCAUUGGGGAGGAACUUAGAAUCUGUUGAAGAAUCUAUCAGUUUCAUGAUUACGCAGUUAAUCACAAAAAUGUGUACUCCUUUCAAAAGAAAUGUAGAGGUCAAUAAAGAAUCAAGUGUUGGCUUUUAUGUCCAACAUUUGAUCCGUAAACUGGGAAGUGAACCAUACAUUGGACAGCGUGCAAUAUUUGCUAUUUCUCAGAGGAUAUCCAUAUUAGCCGAAAAUUUACUGUUUAUGGACCCAUUUGAUGAAUCAUUCCCAGAGAUUGAUGAAUGCAUGUUUAUAUUGAUACAGCUUGUUGAGUUCUUGAUAUGUGAUUAUUUGAUACCUUGGGCAGAGAAUGAAGCAUUUGAAACUGUUGUGUUUGAGGAGUGGAUAGCAUCAGUGGUCCAUGCGAGGAAAGCAGUAGCUGCUUUGGAAGAAAGAAAUGGCUUGUAUCUUCUUUACAUGGACCGAGUUACAGGGGAAUUAGCUAAACGAGUUGGUCAAGUCACAUCUUUCCGGGAGGUGGAGCCAGCCAUUUUGGACAAAAUCUUAGCCUUCCCAGGAUGAUUCCUU